AGUAAUUAGUGUUCUGAAUUUUGAGUGUUACUUCUUCAAGAAGAAAUAAAAAAUGAUUCUGUAUGAAGCGACCGGUUGAUUUAUAGUGAAGAACAAUUAAAAAGUUAAAAUUACAGUAGCUAAUGAUUACAGUGCGAGUUUAUGUAUAAUAUAUUUAUUAGACUGUCACGUUGAAUUACUGUUUCGACUGGCGCAUCGGGAAGUUCUUAUCAAUUCUCCCAUUUCACUUGUUGUCUUUUUCUGAUGUACUAAUUGGAUGCUACACCUUGAGGGAUGUCUCAGAGUUAUUAAAUCACUCGUCUGAGUAACUUGUUAUUUUAUUAACAAAUUUAUUUUAUUUAUUUUAUGGAGUAAAAAAUUAAAUUUACCUUAAAUAUAUUUCUUCUUUUUUAAAUAUCUUCUCAAUCACACAAACAUGAUCGCAGGCAAAGAAUUGCUGUCAUGUCGCCAAACGCUUUGGCUUCUUGUCUUCACAGGAUGCAUCAUAAAUUACAUGCUGAAGUUCAGCUUGAAUUUAGCGAUAGUUGCGAUGGUGGUACCUAGAGCAAAGUCACCAACUACUUCUCAGUGUACAUCCGGAAACUCAUCUAGUUUGACGACUUUCACUGUCACUGUAGAAAAUCCGCUGCUCAGCCAAAAUAUCUCGUAUACAGACAGAUUUAAUUGGACGGAGUAUGAGCAAGGAAUGGUGCUAGGAGCCUUCUUCUGGACUUACUGGGCCACGCACGUCCUCGGAGGAUUAUUAGCACAACAUUAUGGAACCAAGUUGAUCUUCGGAGGCGCUAACUUCAUAGCUUGUAUCAUCGUAGUUCUCAUUCCAGUGACGAUAAAGUAUCAUCUUUAUGCGUUCUUGGCUCUAAGAGUUCUUCAGGGUGCUGUUAUGGGAGUAGUGUUACCUUCAAUGAACGUGAUGACAGCAAAAUGGAUCCCUCCAACAGAGCGAAGUAAGUUUGUGAGCGCUUACAUGGGCGGAACAGUCGGAACAUCUCUUACGUACUUGAUCUGCGCAAUAAUAAUUCAUUACUUCAACUGGGAAACAGCGUUCUAUACAAUGUCAGUCGCUGGAACAAUAUGGUACUGCUUCUGGCUGUACUGCGCCUACGAUUCGCCUCAGCAGCACCCGAGAAUCAGCAAAGCCGAACUUAAGUACAUUUUGGAGAACACGCCGCCUAUCGUGAAGAACAGCAAGGAACAGCCGAUUCCUUGGAGACAUAUCCUAACUUCAGGGCCCUUUUGGAUCGCAGUUUUCUCUCAUUGGGGAGCUACUUGGGGAUUUUACACUCUCUUGACUCAGAGUCCCAGUUACUUUAGUUUCAUUCAUGGCUGGGACAUCAAUAUGACUGGAUUAAUAUCAGGCGCUCCGCACAUACCUUUGAUGAUAUUUUCCUACACAUUUGCCAUUUUCUGCGAUUGGCUGUUAAAAAACAACAAAAUGACUCGCACAGGAGUGAGAAAACUUGCAAUGUUCAUCGCAACUAUUCUUCAGGCUUGCUUCAUUGUUGGACUCAGUCUCAGCGGGUGUCACUCUAACUUUGCAGUAUUUUUCAUGCUUUGUGGGACUAUCACCAACGGAGCGAUUUCUUCGGCAACGCUCGCUAAUUUUGUAGAUCUUAGUCCGAAUUACAGCAGUAUUUUGUUCGGAAUUUGCGGUCUUAUUGCAAAUGGAGCUGGAGCGUUGUCACCUACUAUUGUAGGCAUUCUCACUAAUGGAAAUCAAACAAUAGAAUCAUGGCGGAUAGUAUUUUUAAUCACUGCUGCCAACCUAACCUGCAGUGGAAUUUUGUAUUUAAUUUGGGGAACUGGUGAAGAACAACCCUGGAACAAUUUGUACGCGAAUGACGAUGAACAAGGCGAAGAAUUACAGAAACUCAAACAAGAACCGACGGAGACUACAGAAAAAUGCGAUACAGUUGACGAGAAGAAAUUGAAAAAGGAAAAAGAAGCUAAUGGAUUAAAGUAGUCAAUUAUUUAUCUCCUUAGAUUUUAUUAUUUUAUUUUUUUCUCAACUUCAGGUACACGAGUAACGCGGCAGAGAUAAAGUCUUCAUUAUUUUUUUACGUUAUUUU